ACGUCCCUCUCGCUCGUCCGGACCAUUCAUUAUAAAAGGGGCUCGAGUCCCUUUGUCCUGCAGAGCUCGGUUCUUGCUUCAACAGUGAUUGAACGGAACCGGUUCCACCGCCUCGUUUGCUUUUCCGCGGAUCACCCCCUUCCCUUCUGUCUCCUUGCCGGAGUUGCCCCGGAGAGCGACCGCCUGCAUCCCUCCAGCCCCAGCACGACCUAGCAGGAUCGGCUUGCGCCAGCCGGACGCCCAGCUGCCCCCGUCGCCCACCGUCGCCCGCCAGCCCCCCGGGAGCCAUGGAGUCGCAGGUCCGCCAGAACUACCACAGCGACUGCGAAGCGGCGAUCAACCGCAUGGUGAACAUGGAGCUGUACGCCAGCUACGUCUAUCUGUCCAUGUCGUCCUACUUUGACCGGGAUGAUGUCGCCCUUCGGCAUGUUUCUGACUUCUUCCGGUCGCAGUCACAUGAAGAGCGGGAACAUGCUGAAAAGCUGCUGAAGUUCCAGAGCCAGCGCGGUGGCCGACUCCUCCUGCAGGAUAUCAAGAAGCCAGAAAGAGAUGCUUGGGGCACGACCCUUGAUGCCAUGGAAGCGGCCCUGCAGCUGGAGAAGCGAGUGAACCAGGCCCUUCUGGAACUUCACCAACUGGCCAGCAACAAGAAUGACCCGCAUCUGUGCGACUUCUUGGAAACUCACUACCUCGAUGAACAAGUCAAAGCUAUCAAACAGCUGGGUGACUAUAUUACCAACCUCCGUCGGCUGACAUCAACCCAGGGAGGACUUGGAGAGUACCUCUUCGACAAGCACACCCUCGGAGAGAGCAGCAGCUGAAUGUCUCUCUGUUUCUGGGAAUACUCCCCCUGUGAACCCACAGAAACUAUCCCACUUCCACCGCAGUUCUGUGCCCCAGUCAAGGAGGGUUGUACCUGCCAUGUCUCAGUUGGCAUGUUCCCAAUAAACAAGGGUUCACCAGUUUAA